UGUUGGUGGCGCUGUGCUUUUAUUUUCCGCGGAGACGGUGAGAAACUGCACUGUCUGAAAGAAGGAGCUUUGUGCUGCAACUAAAAAAACCCUGCCAAAAGCAGACUCGUACGCUAAAACACGGUAUCCAUGAGGUAAAUGUGGCAGGGAGGGUCUGAUCAAGCCGACGGGCCGGACGAACCUACCUGGGCUGGAUGUAAGGCUGCCUGCAUUUAAGAGUUUAAUCUACCACCGAGAGGGCAGUAGAGGAGCGCAGGGACGCCACGCCGUUGAGAAUGGAGUUCCCGCAGCAGCAGAAAGCGGCGGAGGGCAAAAUAACUUACCCCCCAGGGGUGAAAGAAAUCACCGACAAAAUCAGCAACGAUGAGGUGGUCAAACGGCUCAAGAUGGUGGUGAAGACCUUCAUGGACAUGGACCAGGACUCUGAGGACGAGAAGCAGCAGUACCUGGCGCUGGCCCUGCACCUGGCGUCGGAGUUCUUCCUACGCAACCCCAACAAGGACGUGCGGCUGCUGGUGGCGUGUUGCCUGGCGGACAUCUUCCGCAUCUACGCCCCCGAGGCACCCUACACCUCCCAUGAUAAACUGAAGGACAUUUUCCUGUUCAUCACCAGACAGCUAAAAGGUUUGGAGGACACUAAAAGUCCUCAGUUCAACAGAUAUUUCUACCUGCUGGAGAACCUUGCCUGGGUCAAGUCUUACAAUAUCUGCUUUGAGCUGGAGGAUUGCAACGAGAUCUUUAUCCAGCUCUUUAAGACUCUCUUUUCUGUCAUAAAUACCAGCCACAACCAGAAGGUACAGAUGCAUAUGUUGGACCUGAUGAGCUCCAUCAUCACAGAGGGAGAUGGUGUCACCCAGGAACUGCUGGACACUAUCCUCAUCAACCUCAUUCCUGCUCACAAGAAUCUGAACAAGCAGGCCUACGAUCUCGCUAAGGUACUUCUGAAGAGGACUGUUCAAACCAUCGAAACGUGCAUCGCAAAUUUCUUCAACCAAGUGCUGGUCCUGGGCAAGUCGUCCGUGAGCGAUCUGUCAGAACACGUCUUCGACCUGAUCCAGGAGCUGUUCGCCACGGACCCCCUCCUUCUGUUGUCCGUCAUGCCUCAGCUGGAGUUCAAGCUUAAGAGCAACGAUGGCGAGGAGCGGCUAGCAGUGGUGCGGCUGCUGGCUAAGCUGUUCGGAGCCCGAGACUCUGAGCUGGCCAAUCAGAACCGACCCCUCUGGCAGUGCUUCCUGGGAAGGUUUAAUGAUAUCCACGUUCCCGUCAGACUGGAGUGCGUGAAGUUUGCCAGUCACUGUUUGAUGAACCACCCUGACUUGGCCAAAGAUCUUACAGAUUACCUGAAGGUCCGCUCACAUGACCCUGAGGAAGCCAUCCGUCAUGAUGUCAUAGUGACUAUCAUCAACGCGGGGAAGAAGGACUUGAACCUAGUGAACGACCAACUGUUGGGAUUCGUACGCGAGCGGACACUGGAUAAGAGGUGGCGAGUGCGUAAGGAGGCCAUGAUGGGCCUGGCCCAGCUGUUCAAGAAGUACUGUCUGCACCACGAGGCCGGCAAGGAGAGCGCCCAGAAGAUCAGCUGGAUCAAGGACAAGCUCCUGCACAUCUACUAUCAGAACAGCAUCGAUGACAAGCUACUGGUAGAGAAGAUCUUUGCACAGUACAUGGUGCCUCACAGCCUGGAGACAGAGGAGAAGAUGAAGUGUCUGUAUUACUUGUAUGCCUGCCUGGACCCCAACGCUGUGAAGGCACUGAACGAGAUGUGGAAGUGUCAGAACAUGCUGAGAAGUGUAGUGAGGGAGCUGCUGGACCUGCACAAGCUGCCACUGUCCGAAGCCAACACUGCCGCCAUGUUCGGGAAGCUACUCACCAUAACCAAGAACCUUCCGGAUCCUGGCAAGGCCCAGGACUUCAUGAAGAAGUUCAACCAGGUGCUGGGAGAAGACGAGAAGCUGCGUUCGCUGCUUGAUCAGCUAAUCAGCCCCACCUGCUCCUGCAAGCAGGCCGAAGUCUGCGUGAGGGAGAUCACCCGCAAGCUGACGUUCCCCAAGCAGCCGGCGAACCCCUUCCUGGAGAUGGUGAAGUUCCUGCUGGAGCGUAUCGCCCCAGUGCACAUAGACUCUGAGGCCAUCAGCUCCCUGGUGAAGCUGUUGAACAGGUCCAUAGAAGGGACCGCAGAUGAUGACGACGAGGGGGUGACCCCCGACACGGCCAUCCGCUCAGGGCUGGAGCUGCUCAAGGUGCUGUCGUUCACCCACCCCACCUCCUUCCACUCCGCCGAGACGUACGAGUCGCUGCUGCAGUGUCUGAAGAUGGAGGACGACAAGGUGGCCGAAGCCGCCAUCCAGAUCUUCAGGAACACGGGACAGAAGAUCGAGGCGGAGCUGCCGCACAUACGAUCGACCCUGAUCCCCAUCCUGCACCACAAGGCCAAGAGGGGCACCCCACACCAGGCCAAACAAGCUGUUCACUGCAUCCACGCCAUCUUCCACAACAAGGAGGUGCAACUGGCGCAGAUCUUUGAGCCCUUGUCACGCAGCUUAAACGGCGACGUUCCUGAGCAACUCAUCACCCCACUGGUGUCACUGGGCCAUAUCUCCAUGCUGGCGCCGGACCAGUUCGCCUCGCCCAUGAAGUCCAUCGUGGCCAACUUUAUCGUCAAAGACCUGCUGAUGAAUGACCGGUCGAUUGGCAACAAAGUCGGGAAGCUGUGGAGCUCCGAUGAGGAGGUGUCCCCAGAGGUCCUGGCCAAGGUCCAGGCUAUUAAGCUACUGGUGCGCUGGCUGCUGGGAAUGAAGAACAACCAGUCCAAGUCGGCCAACUCCACACUGCGACUGCUGUCGGCAAUGCUGGUCAGCGAGGGCGACCUCACAGAGCAGAAGAAGAUCAGUAAAUCGGACAUGUCCCGGCUGCGGUUGGCGGCUGGCGGUGCCAUCAUGAAACUGGCACAGGAGCCCUGCUACCAUGACAUCAUUACUCCGGAGCAGUUCCAGCUAUGUGGUUUGGUCAUUAACGACGAGUGCUACCAGGUGCGGCAGAUCUUCGCCCAGAAGCUACACAUGGCUCUAGCUAAGCUCCUGCUGCCCCUGGAGUACAUGGCCGUGUUUGCCCUGUGUGCCAAGGAUCCGGUGAAGGAGCGGCGUGCCCACGCUCGGCAGUGCCUGCUGAAGAACAUCAGUGUGCGCCGCGAGUACAUCAAGCAGAACCCUGUAGCCCAUGAGAAGUUACCCUCACUUCUGCCAGAGUAUGUAGUGCCCUACAUGAUCCAUCUGUUGGCCCACGACCCCGAUUUCACCAAACCCCAGGACUUCGACCAACUUCGUGACCUCAAAGAGUGCUUGUGGUUUAUGCUGGAGGUGCUGAUGACAAAGAACGAGAACAACAGUCACGCCUUCCUCCGGAAGAUGGUCGAGAACAUCAAGCAGACCAAGGAUGCCCAGGCACCUGAUGACCCCAAGGCCAAUGAGAAGCUGUACGUGGUGUGUGACGUUGCGCUCUUUGUGAUCGUCAACAAGAGCACCUCCUGCCACUUGGACUCGCCCAAAGACCCCGUCUUGCCCACCAAGUUCUUCACUCCCCCUGAUAAGGACUUUGUAAAUGAUAAGGAAUUCUUGUCAAUGGAGGCCAGAACCAUGCUCCUGACAGGGAAGCCCAAAGCCUCACCAGUGCUGGCCACGGUGAACAAGCCACUCACAGUGGCAGGGAGGAGACCGUACACCAAGAGCACGGCCUCAGAAGGCAGCGUAAGCAUGAGCGGUCUCUCGGAGCCCAUCUCCCCAGUGGGGAACAGGGCCAGGGUGGCGGGCGCAGAAGCCGCAGGGCCGGGAGCGAGUGAGAACGAGGAGAAUCCGGUGUCGAAGGCGGACGGCGGGAAGAAGGAGAGCAGCUCCGAAACAGGCCAGGCCAGCGUGAAAAAGCGGGGGGCAGGGGCGACACAAUCGCCCCACCCGGAGAACAACGUGAUACCCGAUGGUGCCACGGCAGCAGUGACCCCUACCCCGGUCCCUACUAAACCCAGACGAGGACGGCCGCCCAAGUCCCUCACUGCGGGUGGGGCCACGAGUGCGGGUGGGGCUGGGAGAGGCAGGAAAAGAGCAGCGCCCACCCCCGACAAUACAGGCAGUCCCACAGUAGAGCCAAUCACCAUCAAGAUACCAAAACAGCCAGAGGCAGACGGCAAGAGGGCCACGACGCAACGGCAGAUGGACCUGCAGAGGUAAAAGAAAAUGGCAGCAAAAACCAAGAUGCCAGGAGCCGCACGGGUCGGGACGUUUAUGGGGGCAACAGUGCUGUACAGACCCUGCAGAUCGGACUCGUUCUUUGGACCCUGGCUGUACUGGACUUUGUCACAUCCGAGUACCGCUGCUCACGUACAGUUGAGAAGCAAAUCUCCUCGGGAGUGAAUCUCCAAGGAAUGAGCGGAGCCGUGCAGCCCCCCCCCCCCCCCCCGCCAUCUCCAGGCCUGAACAGCCACCCGACUUGCUGUCCACCUCACGCCCACCACACACUGAUGGUCAGAUUUCCUAUCCACGCAUACAUCUUCCAUCCAGCCAAUGGCGCUCUACGUUCUGCUUAUCCCACGCUCUGAUUUGCCGUUUGCCAUGAGGCAUUCUCAUUGGAUGACAUUGGAAGCCAAAUACUAGUACACAAGUACCUCCGUAGAAGUUGGGGAGAACUUGGAGUAGGCACUGAUGUGUAGUCGCUUAACCUUCUGCUGCAUACAACCAGCGAGUGGCACUAGGGUUUUUAAGGGAAACCUUGUUUCCAGAGAAUGGUGACAUACCUAAGGUUUUUCUUCUUGAAAGCCCCGUGACCUCGAGCGGGGCUAACCCUAAUCCCAAGCCAUCCCACCUAUUGGUUAUUUCUCCUCCUCUUCUUUCUGCUUCCAUCGCUUUUAAAGGCCGCCAUCCCCAUUGGAUCUGCAUGAACGGUUAUUCACCUGCAUUUAAACCAAGUGGGGAUAUAAGCUUUAGGACGUAUUUCACCUUCCCUCCCUCCCAGAGGCCUUUUUAAAUUAGAUUUUACAGUUUUAUAUUGUGACAAAAGUGUAUAAAACAAAACGAACGAUGCAGCCUUUUCUGCCUUCGUUGGACUGAUGGUGAUCACCACAGUCAACUGUGUAAGAAAAGGUUUUGAAGUAUUAUAUACAUUAUAUAUAUAUAAAUAUAAAAAUUUGAUGCCUACAUCAAGGUUGAACUUGCUGUUAGACAUGGAAAUAUUUGAGAAUAUUUUAAAAUUUCCAGCUUUUUUAUUUUAGUGAUAUUCAUGUUGGCAUUAUUCCAGUUCCCCCCCCAAGUUGAUGUGUACGGAUGUUGAACGCCUCACAUUUUACCCCCUAGCCCCCGCCCACUAAAUAAUCAUUGUUGGCAGUCUGGUUGAACACCAUUUCGAAAACUCACAUCCAGCAUACCAGGUGAAUUGUAAUAACCACUUUACUGGUUCUGAUGGUGGUGGGGGUUGGGGGUGGCAUUCUCAGACUCAAACCGUACUACCUUGUGCUGUCUUGGUUUUGCUUUUGACUGAAUCAUGAAUCAAUGCAGUUCACUAAAUCAGCUGUAUACUAUGGAAAUCAGUGGCGAGCCAAAGUUUUCAAGUCCUCCCUCAUCAUCAGAAGCAGCAAUGGUGGGUUUCCGGGCUCAUUUCUAAAAGGAUGCGGUUUAAAAAUUCACAGGACGGUCUACUUGUUCAUUUCGAAGGCCCCCAGAGAGUGACUCAGAACCCAAAACGAGAGCUGUGUUCAUGCUGAAACAAAUGUGAAUAAAUGUUAUGUUUUGCCAUCUCGCAUUGUCAAAACGACAGAAUAAAUGCCUUUCCAUUCUGUUUUUAAAGUGGGA